AAAUAUCCGAAGAAGAAAAAAAACAAACCAGACAUAUUUUGCGAUUGUUUUUCUCUGCUCGCUGUCGAACAAGCUCUCUUUCCUUCAAGUAUUUCACCCUUUUUACUAGUCUAUUUGUGCUUUAAAACAAACAGUUCCGGUACGGUAUAAUUACCACUUACCGUCGAUGCAGCAGUGAGUGCGGCAAGCGAUGUGGAAAUAUGUUUCCCGUCGUAUACGUGAUGUGUACGACAAGACAUCCCAUGUACUAGAAGUACCUCGCACCUGGAACUGUGGUGCGAGCGAGCGGUUCUGCGGGGAAUCGCCACCGGACGAUGGAACCUGCGGCCGUGAGCAGCAAGAAGCGAACGGUAGACGCUACUGUUUGCUUCAUGUUGCCCGUCCGAAUCAGCUUGGUGAACGGACGAAGCAGCAGUAUGGUACCGGUUCAAACCAGUCAGAUCAAGAGGGCACUAAGCGGAAGGAAUACCACCAGACACCGAUUGAACACUCUUGGCUCGGUGCAAUAACAUGGACCAGUGCCAUUAUCUGUGGAUGGUAUACCACCCAGCUGCUCUGCCUUCAUCGUCGCACUCGGCGGUAUGAGCAUUCUGCUUUUGGCAAGGGCAUAACUUCUCAGUUGCUUUUUGCCGCUUCGGAACAUCGUAGACUUUCGGCACGCCAUUGUGAGGUGUUGGCACAGCACUUUGGCUUACGAUCCGCUGCUAGACUUGCGGCACCGUUUCCGAAACCUUCCAUCGCCGGUGAAUCUUGGUCGGUUGAGAAGGAGCAAAAAAGAAGCACCCUAGUCCAAUCGUACGCACCUUUCAUCCCUUAUGAUGGGCACGAUUUUGUGGAUUACACCGACAGGAAUCGUGCCGAGCUGCAACGUUUCGUUUAUCAAAUAAACAACGAAACAAAACCGACUGUGCAUGUUUCGAGGGAUGAUUUCGUUUCGCAGAACAGCAACAUACCCGCAGCGGAAGUAUCGCUGCAGAACGAAAGACAACCGGAAACUAUCGAUGGUGCGUUUAAGAACUUACUCUCCGUCCUGGGUGAGAUCGAGUAUCAGCUAGGCUGUCGCAAUUUGGAGCUGGGUGAAUUUGAAUCAGCCGUCUCCCAUUUGAAGCUGGGCACUAGCCAUCAGCAUGCAGGGGCUGCGUUUAACCUCGGCAUUUGCUAUGAGCAAGGUCACGGUAUGCCGAAGGAUAUGCGUAUGGCCUUUGAAUGUUAUCAACAAGCGGCCGAACAGGGUCACCCGCAAGCAAUGUACAAUGUUGGAGUUUUUCAUGCCCGCGGGUACGCUGGGUUGCGCCCGAGUCGUUCGAUGGCGAAGAAGUAUUUCCUUGCAGCGGCUGAGCUUGGGCUGGAAGAAGCAAUCGCUACCCUCGGGCCGAAGUACCGACAUAGCCGAAAGGAAUCGCUGGUGGGUAAUGAGGUGCCUAACGGUGAACAGGUGCAGCCAUCGUUCCAGUUUAAACUCGAGAACGUUGAUCAGUUCCUGCCGGAGAAAUACACCACCGUGCAACCAAAUGUACAGCUACAUCUUGUAGAAUAUAGAGUGUAGAACCAUUGUCCAUUGUGGACACUAAUAAUGUUUGCUCAUUCAGUAGCAGCUGCACCUAUGUUAACGUUUCUCAGUUAGUUUAGAUGUGUUCGAGAUUGAUCAGUUCGUUCAUUAACUAAUUCGUUUUGAUACCAUAGGGAAGUACAGCAACAUUUCGAAGCAAACAAGCAACAUAGUCCAAAGCUCCUUGUUGUAUGCCGUCGAAAUUUGUCGCAAUUCUCGUGCGUUCGAUUCGAAACAAAUGAUGGUGCACGGUACUAUUAUGUUUGUGGUGUUUUGGGUUUUUUUCUCCUACUCUGGGUUUAAAUAUUGGAUCAGAGAUCACAACAAAAAAAAAGAACAUAAAAAAGCAAAACAAGAUACCUUAAAGCGAUGUUAAACACGAUCGCAUGUUUGCCAUUGACUUAAUCGUUUGUGUGAUUUUUUUGUAAAAUUGCAAGAGAAAUUGGAACUCUUAAAAGAAGUCCAACUAAAUAAAGAAAUAAUGUCGAACAAAUGCAA